AUGCGUGGACUGCUAUCAUGCGUAGCAGUUCAUCUCCUGAUUGUCAUCGGUGUCAACGCCGAGGAGACAUCCAUCCGUAUGGAUGGUGUCAUUCCGGAGGCGGACUCUUACGUUUGUACAUCUCGCAUGAUUGAUGACUACGAUCACUUUAUCACUGGUUUCAAAGCAUUGGCUGAGAAGCACAAUGCUCAUCAUAUUCUUUUGUUUGGCUGCGAAGAACCAGGAAGCGAUGAACCAAUCUGGGAAUGCGGAGAGAUGGCUUCAAACUCCGAGUACUUGCGUAGAGCUCCAACAUGUCGUAGCAAGCCUUCCAUUCUCUAUGCUUGGGCUAAAGAUGCCCCCGAGUUGAAACUCCCAGAAGGUGUUGCAUUCCACAUUGGAGGAGAAACAGGAAUUAGAUACAUAGUUAUGCAAGUUCAUUACAUGCAUGCUUCUGAAGAGCCUGACUACUCUGGGGUAUCUGUAACUCAUACCGAAGAACCCCAACCAAAGACAGCUGCAACAAUGCUGUUGGUUACAGGAGGAGCAAUCAAACCACAAACUACUGAAAGCUUUGAAACCGCAUGUGUUAUCGAAGAAGAUGUUGCCCUUCAUCCAUUCGCUUAUCGUACUCAUACUCAUCGACACGGUACUGAUGUUGGUGGAUGGGUCGUUGAGGAGAAUAGUAAGAGCGAAGACGAUUGGUACCUGAUCGGACGUAGAGAUCCUCAACUACCACAAAUGUUCGUUCCGGUCAAGAAUGAAUCUAUGGUUAUAUAUCGCGGUGAUAUGCUCGCAGCACGAUGUAUCUUGAAAAACAAUGAAGAUCAUGUUAUCACCAUGGGUGGAACAGGAGAAGAUGAAAUGUGCAAUUUCUACAUAAUGUACUGGGCAGAGAACGGACAAAUUUUGAGAGAUAAUACGUGCUUCUCUCCAGGAGCACCAUAUUAUCACUGGACGACUGAAGCCAACUUGGAUCAUAUCCCCAAGUAA